CACUGCCGGCGUCGCCGCCAUUAGACAAUAGGAGCGGCGGCCGGGCGUGCGGGGAGGCGGGCGGCGGGGAGGGGCGGGGAGGGGCGCCGGGCGCGCAGGAAGCGGGGCCCGGGGCGCGCCGGGGCCGGGCGCGCGGGGAGGGGGCGCAGGAAGCGGGCGAGGCCGGGCGCGGGAGGCGGCGGCGGCGGCGGCCCCGGGAGCUCCCGAUCGGCGCCGGGACAAAGGCGCGGCCGCCGGCGCCCCGAGCAGCCCGAGCCGGGGCGCACAGCCGGGGCGCAGCCCGCGCCCCCCGCCGCGACUGACAUGAUGUUUCCACAAAGCAGGCAUUCGGGCUCGUCGCACCUCCCCCAGCAACUCAAAUUCACUACUUCGGACUCCUGCGAUCGCAUCAAAGAUGAGUUUCAACUGCUGCAGGCUCAGUACCACAGUCUGAAACUCGAAUGUGACAAGCUGGCCAGCGAGAAGUCAGAAAUGCAGCGUCAUUACGUGAUGUACUACGAGAUGUCCUAUGGCUUGAACAUCGAGAUGCACAAGCAGGCUGAAAUCGUCAAGAGGCUAAAUGGGAUAUGUGCCCAGGUCCUGCCCUACCUGUCCCAAGAGCACCAGCAGCAGGUCUUGGGAGCCAUCGAGAGGGCUAAGCAGGUCACUGCUCCUGAGCUGAACUCCAUCAUCCGACAGCAGCUCCAAGCCCACCAGCUGUCUCAGCUGCAGGCUCUGGCCCUGCCCCUGACCCCCCUGCCUGUGGGGCUGCAGCCCCCUUCUCUGCCGGCGGUCAGCGCGGGCACCGGCCUCCUCUCUCUGUCGGCGCUGGGCUCCCAGGCCCACCUCUCCAAGGAAGACAAAAACGGGCAUGACGGUGACACCCACCAGGAGGAUGACGGCGAGAAGUCGGAUUAGUGGGCGGCUGGGAUGGGGAGGGUGGGGGGUGGGACAGAGGGGAGACAGACACUGAGAGAGGAAGGUUCAGCACGCGAGACACAGUAAUAGCUUGGGAUUGGCCAAACUCCGGUAGUAUUUAUGGUAGCUGCCUGCUGGGGCUGUCGCCCUGCUUCUGUGCCCUACCCUGGCUCGGCUCCUACCCCCAAUUCCUGGCCUCCCUCCUCCUCCCCUGUAGCUUGAAUGGGUCAGUACCCACUCAUACCACAGAUGAGGCAAGCUAAGGCCUGGAGAUGCAGGUGGGAGGCCAGGUCCUAAGGGAGCAAAACCUCGAGAGGUCCAACACCCCCUGUAUUUCCCUGAUUCACACACAUGUAACUGACAGUCUGCCCGCCAGGGGGGACCCCCACCUCGGGGGACACCCAGCCUCCCAUCCUGGCACUGCAUGCAAACACAAUGCUAGCUGCCCCUCCCCACCCUGGGCACCCUGCGUCUCUCCCUCCCACCCACUCACCCUCCAUGAGUUCCUGAUGCCUGCACCCACAAAAGAGAGGGGCCACUGACAGCAAUCUUAGCCCCAGGGGAACAGAGUGGGGCCAGCAACUCAGAAUUCCCUUUCUCCCCUUCCCGAAUAAAGAUGAGGGUACUCAAGUUGUCUUGGUUUUUAUUUCCCCCCCUCCCUUUUCCAGUAUACUAGCUUGUCUUUUAAGAAAAGGGAUAUUAAAAAAAGGAAAAAGACAGAAAAAUGGAAAAAAAAAAAAAAGCAACACCCACACCUGUGUCUGUAUAUAGCCUUUUAGACUGUCAGCUUUUGUUGUGUUCAGUCGUUUGAUCUCUACGGAGAGAAGUGAAAAUGCUGUAUCGAGGGUGGGCUUAGCUGUGCCUUUCAAAUAAAGACGUGAGAAGGUUG